AUGUCAAAGGAAGGAGAAGACCACGUGCAUAGUACGCCAACCCUUACAUCGAUUUUUGAGAUGAUUACUAAGGUCCAAAAGAACACCGAAGAUAUUAAAAAAGAAAAUGAAAACUUUCGUAAAGAACUGCUGAAUUUAAAAAAGGAGUAUGCUGCCCAAGCCGCUAUUAUAGCUAAGCUACAACAGGAAAAUACAAGUCUACGUAGUGAUGUGGACCAGAAUAACAAUCAAAUUAUCAGUCUUCAAAGCAUGAUAACAACACUUAGUUUCAGACUAAGCCAAGAAGAAGAAAUGUUAGAAGAUACACGCCAAUAUCAGAGAAAAUACAACGUGGAAAUUCACGGUAUUCCUGAAGUAGAAGGAGAGAAUUUGGAAGAGGUGGUUGAGGACAUAGCUAAAGAGAUGGAUGUCGAAAUUGAGUCAAGCGACAUAGAUAUAAUUCACAGGCAAAAAUCUAAAAUUGUGCYGAAACCAAUUUUGGUUAAAUUCAAGAUCUWUGAUGAUAAAAAUAUUUUCUACGARGGAAGGAGGAAGUUGAAAAACUUCCAAGGCGACGAGUCUAAAAUAAACGGGGCGAGACAAAUAUUCAUUAACGAGCACCUCACAGCCGAAAGAAAGCGCCUGUACGCCCAAGUAAGACAAAAGGGAAGGCUUUAUAAAUGGUUUAGAGUUUCAACCAACGAUGGGAAAAUAUUUGUCACGGUUUCUAAGGGGGCAAGAUCAGUAAUGGUCAGGAAAGAAGCGGAUCUUGAGGAGUUGUAUGGCUAAGUCUGCUAACCAUCAGCUAAGUGGAAUAUAAGUAUACAGGCUUUCUUUCUUAUGACUAUAUAAGAAGU